AUGCCAAAGCGAAACUGCGUCGUUGUUCUCUCAUCGGAUGAGGAACUUGAUACUCCCAAAACUCGUUCAUCUAGUUCGGCCCGUACGAAUCCCAAGCCCAAGCCCAAGUCGAGUUCAACGGGCUCCAGAGGAAGAAAGAAAGCCCGUGUUUUCAGUUCUGCGCCUCGUCUGUCUAAGCUUCAUGAGAUAAACUUGUUUGAUGAUGAUUUCAAUGAAGUGUUUACUAGGUCAAAGGUAUUCGCUGGUACUCAACAGAACACUGCAGAGGAGCUAUGGGUUGAUAAAUACAAGCCUCGUUCACUGGAAGAGCUUUCUGUUCACAAGAAAAAGGUUGAAGAAGUUAAGACGUGGUUUGAAGAAAGGUUGAAACCUUCGAAGGGUGUCUACAGAAAUAACGUUCUUGUUGUUAGUGGGCAGGCAGGAGUUGGAAAAUCUGUUGCUAUUCAUGUAAUUGCUUCUCAUUUAGGUGCGACAGUAUGUGGAUGGAACACACCUACACCUGUAAUUUGGCAAGAGCAUCUUUAUAACUCUGGAACAGCGACAAAAUACACUUCCAAGUUGGAUGAAUUUGUUAGUUUUGUUGAGAGAAUACGGAAAUAUGGAUUAAUACCAACUUCGUUUACCGGGGAGUCAAAGCCUUCCAUCAUAUUUUUAAUAGACGAUCUUCCCAUGAUGCAUAGUAAAGCUGCUUUAGGAAGACUUAAAGAUUGCUUGCACCUUUUGGUGCACACAACUCAGAUACCCACAGCCAUAUUGGUGACAGAUUAUGGCAAUGCUGAUUCAGCUGAUUAUAAUGCACGAUCCAUUGAAGAACUUAAAAUAUCUCUAGAACGUUCUGGGGCUUGUAAGGUUGCAUUCAAUCCUAUUACAGUUAAUUCUAUUAAGAAGGUACUUUUUAGAAUAUGUCAAAUUGAGCAGUGUGAUGUGACUGCCGACCAUGUUGAUCUAAUAGCAAAAGCAAGUGGAGGUGACAUCAGACAUGCAAUUACUUCUCUACAGUUUUUCUGUGUGAACCCAAAUCAAGUGCAUUGUUUGUCUCUAUCAACUCGCACUCCUCAUGCAUUAAAAGAGGAAAGUAAUAAACCUGUAGAAUUAGAUGAUGGAUCUUCUUUGUACUUUGGCAGAGAUGAGACAGUAUCUUUAUUUCACGCCUUAGGGAAAUUUUUGCAUAAUAAGAGGGAGACUGGAGUUGCAGCAGAAUAUGACCAAAACAGCUUUCUCAUACAAGAAAGAUUUUCAAGAUUACCUUUAAAAAUGGAUGUCCCAGAGAAGAUUCUUUGUCAAAGCCAUGUCCAACCUGGCCCAGUUGCCGAUUUUCUGCAUGAAAAUGUUCUAGAUUUUUUGAAUGAUGAGGCGGUAGAGGAUGCAUGGAUUUUGUCUUCAUAUCUAGGUGAUGCUGACAUUCUUCUUGCUAAGCUUCGGGGUAUGCUAUCUAGUUAUAAUGAGGCAGAGAGUAUUUUACAGUCAGCUGCUGCGUCAAUUGCUGUUCGUGGGGUGCUGUUUGGAAAUUCUCAGCCAAUUUCUUCCAGGUGGCAUGCAAUUCGACGACCAAAACUCUGGCAGGUCCAGAAAGAAUCAUCAUACUACAAGAAUGAGAUGUUUAGGCAGAGAAUCCCUGCUUGUAAUCAGCUGAGUUCUUAUCAUAUGUCAGUUAUUGCCACAGAAUACACGCCUAUGUUUAAAUUGCUCGGAAAUAGGGUUGGCAGUGGAUAUAAUGAACUAGAUCAGGAAUCAGCGCAGAACUUGGAUAUGGAAGAUUUUGAUACUGACAAAAUGAGUUUAGAUGGUGAAGCAAUGGAGAUUUCCGAUGAUGACAUAGAAGACUGGUAG